AUGCUGCAAAGAGGGUGGGCAGGAGGAAGAGGAGGAGAAGGUGAAGGAGCAGGAGGUGGCCCGGGAGGUGGCCCCGCGCCCCGCCAGGCACCUCAGGGCGGGCACAUCGUCCUUCCCUGCCCUGGAGCUGCCCGGGCGGAGGCGUCCGUGGGGCUUUCCCGGCCGCAGCGCCCAGCUCUGCGCUUCACCUCUGGCCGAAAACAGGGGAGGGGAGCAGGCGAGACUUUCACAUCCUCAAACCCCGGGGAAACAUCUGCUGCUGCUGCCGCCGGGGCGCCAUCCAAAACCGUCCCGCCGCUGGGUUUAGUUACCGUAUCCCAACCCGUGCCCGCUCCAGGGGCAGCUCAUCUGAAGCAGUCAGGCUUGCGGCAGCGCCGACUGCGCCCGGCCAGAGAUGAUCAUCAAUGGUAUCCAAGUCUGUUGAAAAAGAUGUGUAUGUCUGUUAUGAGGGGUCUUGAAAGCAAUCACAGUUUUGCCAGCUUUGAAGAGAACAGUAAUUAUUUCCUUAAAUUCUCUAUUGCCCCUCCAGUAGGGGUAAAUUAGCCUUUAUUUCCACACCAGGAUGUUGUGCCUUUAAUAGAUGAUCCCUGCUCAGGUUUUGUGAGUCCAGCAGCAGAUGCUGAACAGCUGCCCAGUGUUGGAAGAGCUAUUGAAUCCCUGGCAGACUGCAGCGAUAGGAAACCUCAGCACAUUCCCACCACAGGUGAGAGAGCCCAGCCUGACCAUGGGAGCCUCCUGGAGGAAACCAGCCAGGACAGAAGGGGGAAGUCCAGGGUGUAUGGUGUGACUCUUGGUUAUGGUCCUGUACACGGCCAGGAAUUGGACUCGAUGAUCCCUGAGGAUCCUUCCAAAGCUUACAAAGGAGUUCCUUGGGAUAAUAUGUUUUCUUCCAAAAUACAGCCUCCAAAAUCAAGGGAGAUGUUGGAUGAUCCUGUUUCCCACUAUUUCACAAAAAGAAGAUACAAUCCCAAACCUAAAAUAAUUCAGGUUGUCGGAGGCUUCUGGAACAGAUUUCAAACAAGAUCUUUUACCUCUCUGCAGAGAUCUGGUGAUUUUGUAAGCCAAAGCUCUCAAACCUGUCAUAUCCCUUUGUAUAUCUGCUGUGUUGGUGCAGUAAAUUUUGAAGAUAGUGCUGGUGUAGACUUAGUCCCAUUUAACCAUGUUCAGAUUUCCAAACCUCACUGCACAAGCACUACACACUAUCCAAAUAUUCCUGGAUACACUGGCAAGGUUCAUUGGUUAACAACUCACCCAGCAAAUUCUAAUCUUCCAUCAACAGCCCCAUCAGUAAUUGUAGGAAUGCAUGGUGAUCUAGGAUAUCGUGACACUCUUCCAAGUUUCCAUGUUUUCCUGAGAAAUUUAUCUUCUAAUUAA